AGCUGUUCAGUUUUCAAAGACGCAGAAACUAAUUCGUUUCGUAUUUCAUCUUAAUCUUAAUCACAAAAAUUCUUUGUUGAUACGGGUGGAGAUUGUUCAUUGUGAUAACCCUAAAUCAUGUCUUGUCCUUUCAAGAAUUGAGUUGAUUAGGAAGUGAGAAGUGAUUGAAGUCAUUUAGUCCCUCAUGCAUAUAUCAUUAUCCUCUAGAUGUGAUAUUGAAGUAACUGAAGUAUUUUUUUUAAUUUUACCAAAGUAAAGUAUGCUAUUUGAGUCUAGUGACAGUUUUGAGUAGGUAACCGUUCAUAUUUGAUCUCGGGAAAACAACCAAGCUAUUUCUUCAAGACUGCUAUAUUCCACUUUUUCCUAAUUUAACAUGGUGGGUGAUGAUAAUUUCGAGGGCUGGACAUCCUCUUCUAGAAAUGGCGAUGAUGAAACACAAUCUUUAGUGAUGAACCCAGAGACCCAAUCAUCGCCGGCUCAAGAAAACUGCAUUAGCCUGUUGGAAAUCGAGAUGCGUAGAAAGUUGAAAUUUUUCUUCAUGAAUCCAGUUGAGAAAUGGCAAGCGAAACGAAGAUUUCCUUACAAGUUCCUUGUUCAAGUAGUCAAGAUCGUUCUUGUUACCAUUCAGCUGUGUCUUUUCGCGCACAAUAGAUACAACCAUGUUACCUACACAGGCAAUAACCGUAUCACGUUCUCACACUUAUUUUUGAAAGGGUGGGAUCCCACUAGAGAAGUGUCAUCCUAUCCUCCAGCAUUGGGUCCUUUGGCUAUAUACGACAAACAAACUUUCUAUCAAACUUUGGAUUACGCUGUUGUUGGUUAUGCGAAUCUUUACAACGCUAUGGGGCCAUAUUCGUAUGCGAGUGAAGAUAACCAUCUUACACCACCCGUUUUGUGCUUCUUUCACUACAAAGUCGGUGAUAUCUUUCCAUUUAAUGAAAGCUACAUUUUCAACAGUGAUAUAAUAGAGUCCUGUUUGAACGUAAGUAUAACUGAAAAUAUCACUGACUUCUCGAGCCAGAAGUAUAUGCAGAUGCAAAACUACACCAUUGCUUUUCCUGCUCUGAUAAAAGCUGAUUUGAGAUUCUCAUUAAAAACCGUUAAUUACAAAAAUGCCGGACCAAUGACCCCGUCUGAAUGCUAUCAAUUUGAUGUUAAGAUUUUAUUUGAUAAUCAAAAUAUGGAUGGUCAAAUGCUGCUGUCCUUAGAUGUUUUCCCAAUCAGAUUACAGUGCAUUGGAGAUAUAAAAUAUAUUGAUGGCAAUAGACUCGACUACAUACUAAGAACAAUUCUCAACGUGCUGGUUAUUAUAGUUUGUGCGAUAUCUUUCGUGCUCUGCAGUCGCGCUAUUAUUAAAGCUCAACAGCUCAAAAUGGAAACAGUGUAUUUCUUCAGGGAAUGUUACAAGAAGGAGCUGAGCGUAGAGGGUAGAUUCGAAUUCUGGAAUUUAUGGUACAUCAUGAUAAUUAUCAAUGAUAUGCUAAUCAUUAUUGGUUCAACAAUGAAGGAACAGAUAGAACGCGAACAAUUCGUUGGUGACCAAUGGAAUACUUGUAGUAUGUUCUUGGGAACAGGCAACUUGCUUGUGUGGUUUGGUGUUCUCAGGUAUUUGGGAUUCUUUAAGACGUACAAUGUUGUAAUAUUAACCCUGAAAAAAGCCUGCCCUCAGGUAGCAAGAUUCUUACUCUGCGCAAUACUCAUAUAUGCUGGAUUCACGUUCUGUGGUUGGCUCAUUCUGGGUCCAUAUCAUCUCAAGUUCCGCUCACUUGCCAGCACUUCAGAAUGUCUGUUCUCUCUGAUAAAUGGAGAUGAUAUGUACGCAACAUUCUCUAUAAUGUCGUUCAAAUCUCCGCUUCUAUGGUGGUUCAGUAGAAUGUACCUGUAUUCGUUCAUUAGUCUCUACAUCUAUGUGGUUCUCAGCUUAUUCAUAUCGGUAAUCAUGGACGCUUAUGAGACAAUAAAGUUAUAUUAUAAAGAGGGAUUUCCAAAGAAUGACGUACAGAUGUUCAUGGCCUCUUGCGAAGAGGAACCCUCCAGUGGAGUAUUUCGCACAAGCAGCUAUAUCAACUCUAGUGGCUCAUUAAAACGCACAGUCAUCAAAUUUUGCUGUUGGCGAAAUACUUUUUAGUUGGGUAACAAACUUAGGAACGAUUCUUCCCGCUAGGUCGCGCGCUUGUCGGUUCAGCCAUCUUGCAGCCAUCCCAAUCAGCUGUUGGCGUGUAUUUUGAAUGCGAAUUUUUUGUAUUAUC